GGAUAAGCCUCCCUCUCACCAUUCUUUCUGGAAUUCUCUCUGCGACCAAACAAAAUAGUGCAAUACGUCCAAUCCAAUCCACGGAGGCCGAAUUCAAGAACCGACGGCUAACGAGAGAACGAAAGAAAGAAAACUGUUGGUUUCCGAGGCUAAAUAUCUUAUCUGCUUUGGGGGGAGAGAGAGAGAGAGAGGAUGUCUGUUUUGGCACCAAAUUCGCAGGUUCUAUGCAGAGAAUUCUACCAUCAGAUUCAGAUUCAGAGGGACCAAACCCAGCAAUCUUGGUUCAGCGGCAACUGUUCGGUGCUGCUAAAAUCUUAUGGGUUGGGCUUUGAUCGGAAAGGAGGAGAGCGGAAGAAGAUGGCGCAGAGGAGAGAUUUGAAAGCCAGCGCGUUUUGGCAGGACUCUUCUAGACCCACAACAAUUGAGAUGGAACCCAUUCUGGACUCUGAUCAGCUCGAUCAGAUUCUCCUCAAAUCCAAAGACCUCUCUCAACCCAUUAUCAUUGACUGGAUGGCUUCUUGGUGCCGAAAGUGCAUAUAUUUGAAGCCUAAAUUGGAGAAAUUAGCAGCGGAGUUUGAUCCCAAAAUGAAAUUUUAUUGUGUGGAUGUAAACAAAGUCCCUCAAGCUCUAGUGAAGCGAGGAAACAUUUCUAAAAUGCCAACGAUCCAGCUGUGGAAGGACGGAGAGAUGAAAGAAGAAGUGAUAGGGGGGCACAAGGCAUGGCUUGUCUUGGAUGAAGUCAGGGAAAUGAUUCACAAGUUUGUAUGAUCUCCUUCGUAAGCAUAUAUUUUCAGCUGUCUCUGCCUUGUUCAUAACCACAGCUUUUUUGCUCUAUUCAAUACCGUAGUGACGUUUGUACAGGAGGCGUGAACUUGGGCUUCUUCUUAUCUAAUAUGAGCACAAUAUUCGUUAUUA